AUGCAUAGAUGGCACAAGCACAUCCGAAUCGCGACGCGGCGUGCAGGGCACCGUGACGGACCCGGCCGCGGAGGAAACGGACCGCUCGGACCGCUCGUCUUCCGAGGAAGUGCUUAUAACGCGCACGCCAUCGUCGACCUUCCCCACCAAUCUCUUAUCGAUCCCAACCUUGAAGUUGUCAUGUCUGCCGGAGGUCCGAGAAUCAAACUCAACAACGGCACUGAGAUUCCAGCGAUUGGGCUCGGGACCUGGCAGUCGAAACCUGGCGAAGUCGCAGAAGCUGUGGCCUACGCCAUUAAGGAGGUGGGGUACCGACACAUCGAUUGCGCCUGGGCGUAUGGGAACGAAAAAGAGGUCGGCGAAGGAAUUCGUGCCUCUGGUAUCCCUAGGUCGGACAUCUUCAUCACUAGCAAGCUCUGGGGAACCUGGCACAGCCGUGUCGAAGAAUGCCUUGACCAGACGCUUGCUAAUCUUGGAACUGAUUAUCUCGAUUUGUAUCUCGUUCACUGGCCGGUCCCACUGAAUCCCAAGGGAAAUCACCCCCUUUUCCCAUUGCUUCCAAAUGGAAAACGCGACGUAGACCAUAGCUGGGAUCUGAAAGACACUUGGAAGCAAAUGGAGGCUGUUUUGAAAAAUGGCAAGGUGAAAACAAUCGGAGUCUCGAAUUUUUCGGAGGCUAAACUUGAGGAAAUCCUCCCGACUGCAGAAAUAAUUCCUGCCGUUGACCAGCUGGAGCUCCAUGUGUACAACCCACAGCACAAGCUCAUUACUUACCUGAAAUCGAAGGGAAUAGUUCCCCAGGCAUAUUCUCCCCUAGGAUCCACCAAUUCGCCCCUCAUCGCGGACGAAGAAGUCGUCAAGGUUGCGGUCAAACAUGGCCUGCAGCCUGCGGACGUUCUGGUGGGAUACCUGAUCAAGAAGGGAAUCGUCGCGCUUCCCAAGUCCGUCACUCCUGCACGCAUUUCAUCCAACUUUACGGGGGCACUAGCCGCUGCGGAGAAGCUUGAAGCCGUUGAUAUCGAGCACCUCGACGGCCUUGCGGCCGCGGGGAAGCAGAAGAGGUUUAUCACACCUCCCUGGCCCGUCGAACUUGGAUUCGAGCAUUGGCCCCAGCUGCUUUAA